GGGAUUGAUCUUAAAAUAUGACAUGUCAACGAUUACCGGUCUCCGAACAUAAAGAAACAAGGUUUGUUUUCUCUGCUGAUGAACCCUAAUUGCUCUGUCUUUGAACUUUGAAGGUAUCGUUUUUAUUAUCUCCGCGUUCCCAAAUUGAAGAUAGAAGAGGACACCUUGCUCAAUUAGCCUCUCAAGUGAUAAUUGGUGAGAAAUGCAAGAUCCAAGGAUUCCUUUGUCAGAGGAGAUCCUGAAUAAUAAACCGAGGAAGAAGAAAAACUCAACUCAAAAGGCAUCUUUAUAUCAGUUGCAAGGGAAUGGUGUCAAGGAAGAUGGACAUGCAUCCGUGUCUUUGAAAUCAGGACAGAAGGGUUCCAAGAGACACUUGAUGACUGAAGUCUCGCCACCUUUUCAAAAACAAGAAGGCUCCAAUUCAGAUUCAUUGCCUGAUUCCUCUGCAGCUGGAAAUGAGUACCGUGCCUUGAGGCGGAAGUAUUUGCUGCUGGAGGAUGAGAGCUUUGCAUUAGGGGAAGAGCUAAGAGAGGUUGAAGGUGAGGUGAAAACCCUUGAAGAUGAAAAGAUUGCACUGCUGGAUCAGCUUGUUGUAAUGGAAGGCCUUGUUGAUCCAUCGGAGAUGCACUCAUAGUGUUUGCAUUUAUGUUAACACUUUGCAUGUCAUUUCAUGUGGUCAUGGGAUGCCUAAAAUAGAAGUUACUGUUGGCUCCUUUUGUCUAGAUCUAGAAAUUGGAUGGAUAAAAAUCAUCUGUAGAGAGUUUAUGUGUGAAAAUUCUUGUUCACUAUUGUCUAGGAUGCAGCAGUACUUUGAUAGUUAUGUCUUUAGUUAUAGUAAAUUGUUCAUAUUUUUGCUUAUUGUUGUUGUUUUUCGUCUGGAAUCCUAUAAGUUCUAUGCAUUAUGGUAUACUGUUUUAAAAGGCUGCUAGAUUCUGUCAUUGGCCAAUAAACUUGGGGCUCAACUAGGCAUCCAAGUUUACUGUCAAUUGUCAAAUGUAAGGGUGAUGCAAUAUCACUCAUGAAAGUUGUGGUAUAUUUUCGCUUCUGAUAUGUAUAUAGUUUUACUAUUUGAACAUCUUGCAGCUAAUGAAUUGUGACAUUUCGCUUCUGA